AAGUUGUGGCCGGCUCAAUUCUGAGGCAGCACCCGAAGAAUCGUCAGUCUUGGUGAGAUUAGCACGGGUUUGUGGCCUCACUGCCCGGCAAAGGGUGCCACUCACCUUGGAACAUUUCGAUGACUUGUCUUGGGACGACAAAAAGAGAAUCUUCGAAAACAAUAUUCAACCCUAUGUUGAAUAUCCGAUAGAGUUGCACGAUAAGGCUACGAAGCAUGCUAUGAAGAUCAUCUCUAAAGCCUGGAGGAGCUACAAGAACAAGUAAAGUGUUGUCACUUACUAUUGUCAUUUACUAACAUUUUUUCAUUAUCUACUGUCACUUAUGCAGAUUUAUUGUUUUGUCGUGCAGGCUUUUAAAGUGUUGGAAGAAAAAAGAGAACCCUUUUGACAAGUAUGCGGACUUGACCAAAGAAGCCUGGGAUGAGCUUGUUGAAAAGUGGAAUACUCCCGAGUUCCAACAGUCAAGUGAGUAUUUUCGGGGUCUCCGAGCGCGGAACGAGCUUGACCACCACCUUGGCUCAGCGGGAUAUGCUGGAAAGCAACGCAAGUGGGAGCAGGAGGAUGAGAUGCUGGCAGCGAGGGGCAUUGAGAAUCCCUAUGAAUCGUUUGAGGGACGGCUGGCACCAUUUAUGCGUGCUAGGUCAAAGCUCACGGAGGAUGGCAAUAUCAAUUUCUACAGCACGAGCGCUGAGGAAGUUGCUCAAAGGGCUUUGAUGGAGAGCAGCCAAGGUUCAAAUGAAGGAGUGAGGGAGUUUGAUGCGCUCACCAGGGCUUUGGGAACCCGUGAGCAACGGGGCCGUGUCCGUGGUGUUUCCAGUCAGUUGACCUGGAAGGAGGGGUUCCCUGAACACAAAGGCAGAUACCGGAAGCGGACUCGAGACUCCUCAUCAAAGGUUGACAUAGAUGAGAUCAAAAAGCAGGUGAAGAUGGAGAUGUUUGGAGAGCUGAAGACCAUCUUCGAGUCUCAGGGAUUGUCAUUCCCUGAUAUGCCGGGGAGUACGAUGAGUGAAGAGAGAAGGGACAGCUUCGCUUGUACUGCAGCGGGUGCUUCUCAGAGUAGAGGGACAGAGAGGGCAAUUGUGCCUACAUCAGUGGAGCCGGAUACGAUAGAUGGCUUGGCUCGUCCGACCCGAUGCAGUCUUCUCGUGCAGCUGGUCGGAGAUUCAUCUUUCAUGGAGGUCGGGAACGGGCUUGUGUAUCCCGGUAUGUCCCAGCUUGAAGGUGUCCAGGUCAGGGCUGAUUGUGCUGUGGUCAAGAUUGACUACGUGCAUGAGUUUGCUAAGAAUAUCAAGCUGGAGGUGCCACCAGAUGACAUGACCACCACUUUGCGGGAUGCAGUUGCGAGAAGGGUUCAGUGGCGGAGAGCUGGUAUUCAUAUUGAUCCAGCAGAUGCAGAUUCAGUACCGACCAGUCAACCUCAGCCACAGAGUGCUGCAGUGCCACCGACGUUUUCUGAGCCAUGCCCACAGCUGCCGGAUACACGGGAAUCGUUAUCGGAACCGCAUCCUCCUGUCCCUACUCAGCCUCAGGUUACCCCCCCUCCACCUGUUCCGACAGAGCCAGCUACCGCUCCCAAGAAGCCAAGCAAGGCUAAUCCUGUGAGGAAGAAGCAGAGUAGGCCGAUGGCGACGAAGCGGGAGAUCUCAGAGGGUAAGAAAAAGGUGGAGCGGAUAAAACAACCGGUCACAAGGGCUUACACUUCUGAGAAUCCAAAGUACAGGGUUGGAAAGGCCUUGCUUAGUGUCUCUGAGCUUCGGGCAGCAGGUCCAUAUUGUAUGGACCUGCACAAGUACUACAUGCAAAAUGUCAAUCAAGCCGAGGAAAUCAUGGCACAUGCAACAAGAGACAAGGCGUCGAACCGGAAAGAAGUGUGGGUACAUUGA